GCUGCGUCACUUCCGCCGAGCAGACCCGGUGGAAGGAAGCUCGCCGUUCGGCUAAGUUAGCACUAGCAGGGCCACCGCCGAGGCAGCUCGCCUCCACUCUUAAUGUGACGGCGGCUACGGUUGGCUAUAAUAAUAAUACUAGCAGUAAUAACAAUAAAGCCAGGUCGGUUUCAUAUUGACAGGACUGCCUGUUUUGGGGUGUCAGCAGCGAAAGACGACGACGACAAAAAGCGAGGCCGCCUCUCCCUGCCUGCUGCUGCCGCCGCUGCUGCUACAAGAACUAAAAGUAGUACAAGUCGAACAGGGACGGCGGCUAACUACUGCUGUAGCAAACUGACAUCCGAGCAUCUCCACUAAAAGGCUACUCACGCGCUGCACGAAUUGUCCGGGGAGGGGGGGCUCCAAACACAACAACAGCUGGACGAUCCAUGAUGUCCGCCGCCAGCAUUGACCCGCAGAAGCCCACGUACAAUACUGUCAGGUGUGCACGAUCAUGUGAUGCCUUACUCACGUUGCUCUCUUCCCCCCUCACAUGCUUCCCUUCUACUAAGAUCUCGAAAGGACAAGAUGCCAAUAAAGGCUUUCCGGUUUCAGUGCAGAACGGCUCCCUGCACCAAAAGGACACCGUCCACGACAAUGACUUUGAGCCCUAUCUCACUGGCCAGUCCAACCAGAAUAACAGCUAUCAGUCCAUGACCGACCCUUACCUGUCCAGCUACUACGCCCCCUCCAUUGGAUUCCCCUACCCGCUGAGUGAGGCUCCAUGGUCCACAGGUGGUGACCCGCCUAUCCCCUACCUGACGCCCUAUGCGCCUCUCAGUAACGGGGACCACCACUUCAUGCAUGACACGGUAUUUGGCCAGCCGGGGGGGCUCAGCAGCAGCAUAUAUCCGCACAGGUUUAACUUUUUCCCAGAGAACCCAGCGUUCUCUGCCUGGGGCACCAGCGGUUCUCAGGGCCAGCAGACCCAAAGCUCAGCCUACGGGGGAAGUUACAGCUACCCACCCAGCUCCUUAGGAGGCACUUUAGUCCCGGAUGGCCAGACGGGUUUCCACAGCGACACCCUCAGCAAGGCCCCGGGCAUGAACAACCUAGAGCAGGGCAUGCUGAGCCUUAAAAUCGGCGGGGAUGUGACGGCAGGGGGCUCGGGCGUGAAGACUGCCGGCUCAGUGAUCGGCGGUGGCAUUCCCGUCGCCGCGGGCAAUGGGGGAACAGUGGGAAUGCCGCCUCCAAAACCGACAUCAUGGGCCGCCAUCGCAAGUAAGCCCGCCAAGCUGCAGCAACAAAAGUCCAAAAACAAACUCUGCGCCCCCAUCGGUGGCGGCCCGCUUCCCCCCGCGCCCGUGAAACACAACAUGGUGGACAUUGACACGUGGGAUAAUAAAGUGGCCGCCCCAAAGAUGACUGCUCCCUUACAGCCCCACCACCACCACCACCAACAGCAGCACCAGCCGCCGCCACUUCAUUCUCACCCUGGCGGCCUCCUGCCCCCCCUGCAGCAGUCGCUCCAGUCGGCCCAGUCUCUGGUCCAGCAGAUGACCAUGCCCGGUCCUCCGCCUCCCCCGCUCCAGUCCUACCAGAACCACAACUCGGCUCCGGCGCCGCAGACCCGCUGGGUGGCGCCUCGCAGUCGCAACUUGUGCUACGGCGGCGGGAGCUUGGACAGUAGCGGCUCAUCCAGCGGCGGGGUCGGCAACGGCUGCGGUGGCGGCUGUGGGGGACCCGAGCCGGGUUUAGAAUCACACCCGGUCCUGGAAAAGCUGCGUGCGGCCCACAGUUAUAACCCGAAGGAGUUUGAGUGGAAUCUGAAAAACGGCCGAGUGUUCAUCAUCAAAAGCUACUCUGAAGACGACAUCCACCGCUCCAUCAAAUACUCCAUCUGGUGCAGCACGGAGCACGGCAACAAACGCUUGGACUCGGCCUUCAGGACCAUGAACUCCAAAGGUCCCGUGUACUUGUUGUUCAGCGUCAACGGCAGCGGCCACUUCUGCGGCGUGGCGGAAAUGCGCUCACCUGUGGACUACGGCACUAGUGCCGGCGUUUGGGCGCAGGACAAGUGGAAGGGCAAGUUUGACGUGAACUGGUUGUUUGUUAAGGACGUGCCCAAUAGCCAGCUGCGCCACAUCCGCCUGGAGAACAACGACAACAAGCCGGUGACCAACUCGCGUGACACUCAAGAAGUUCCUCUGGAGAAGGCCAAGCAGGUGCUCAAGAUCAUCGCCACCUACAAACACACCACCUCCAUCUUUGAUGACUUUUCCCACUACGAGAGGAAGCAGGAGGAGGAGGAGGUGGUGAAAAAGGAUCGUCAGAAGUAAGCGGCGCCCGUGGUGGAACGCUCGCUCUGUGGCAAGUCCUGCUGGGAUGGGCACUCGAAUGAAAUUCCCAUUUAACAAAAACAAAGACGGCAACAUACGGACAAGGAGAAUAUUGAAGACUUCAUAUUUUUUCUAUUUAAUUUGGGCCCACUCUGGCACCCCUCCCUCCCCCUCGGACCCUGCAAACGUUGAGCACCAUCUUGAGGAAGUGUGAAGUUUCUUCAGUGUUACAUACUUUGUGUAUUUUUUUUUUUUUUGGCUUCUCGCUGCCCUGGAACUUGCAUCAUUCAUGGACUAAAUAACACGUGUGCACGUCUGAUUUUUAAGAUCUCAUGACAACACGCUGCUGAUAUUCAGUGACUGUUCACUUUGUGGUUUGUGUGUUGGACAAAUGUGACGUGCUUGUGUCGGUGAAUCUUGCGAGUGAACAACACUAUUGACAAAACGUCUGCUUUUUGUGCGCGUGCGUGCGUGCCUGGUCACUUGUGUUUAGUAUUAUGACAAAAUAUUUUUCUCACGUUUGCUUUAGGAAUGUGCAGUGAGGAAAUGGUUUGGAAAGAUGCGGCUCAUAUGAAAUGGAGCAUCGAGCUUGAGAGCGUUUGUGCAUCUCCAGCGCAGAGCCUUAAAACGUUUCUUUUCAGCAGAGCGGAUCGGGAUUGAUUUCAUUUGUGACGUCGUUUCAGGGAAAUUGCGCUUCUCAAGGUGGUCCCGCUCUUUCUUAUUCAAAAGUGAACGUAACUGAUCAAUGUCCCAUCUUGGUAGCUUUCUUUUUCUUUUUUUUUUUUUUUUUUUUGCGUCUUGUCAAAUUCUGGAGAUGUAGCAUGUACUGCUUUUCAAACUGUCACUUGCUUUUGCUUUUGUUUCUCGUUCUUUAUUGACUCACCAAUUAUUAAUAUUGGCAUCAGUUUCAUCGCUGUGACCUUUCCCCUCUCCUCCCCUCUCAUUGCCAUCAGAUAAUAUAAGCUUUAAUGUACUGGCAUUUGUAACUGCAAACGCCUCAAAUGUUUAACUGUAGCAUUAUACUUAACUGAUUUACCGUACGUGUAUUGAAACCCAGAGGCUAGCCUAUAUGCUCUGUUUGUGAUGUUCUUUUCUUAUUUUCUUUGUUCCCCCCACCCCCCUUUUUUUUAAUAACUUGCAGUGUUGUGUGUGUGUGUGUGUGUGAGAGCGAGAGCGCAUGUGCAAAAAAGUAAAGAGAGAAGGAGUAUGACUGCGGUGCGACCAGAGCUAUAUAACAGUAUUGGAUUAUUGAAAAAGUAUGCAAAAAAAGUUUAAUGUCACCCCUGAAUUAAAUGUCAUUGUAUCAGAGGUCACUAUCACAUUCUUAUAUUUGAUCAUAUUCAUUAUUAAAGAUACACUUAUCUGGUA